AUGCCGUUCGAAUUCAUAGACAACAACGCGCGCAUCGACAGCAUCGCCAGAAAGCGCAUCCGCAAGCUGGCCGCCACGGGGAAGAACGCUGGAAAGACCGUCGUGCGCCCGUCUAAAAUCAAGGCAUUUAAAGAGCAAGCUAGACACCCAACAAUCUUGACAAGAUUAGAGGAAAGAACAUCGGAAAACCCGCAAAAAACUGUAUCGGAGGAUCCGGUUCUUACAGUUGAGCGACAGAUUGGCGAUGUCCUAUGCUUUCUGUCUUCAUCAACCAAGCUGAGCCCGACAUCCCAAGUUCUUGCUAAAAGAGGCCCUCGCCACUCACCUGAGCUAAACUCCAUUUUUCAAACCGACACCAGUCUCGGCUCGACAUGGGUGAAGCUUAUCUUUGAGAACGAGGCUUUUAUAAGCAGCCAUACUGCAAACCGAGAUGAUUCCAGAGAAGCGAUUCAUCACUUGUGUCACACAUUUCGCAUGGUCAAUGAACAACUGUCCGAAAACGGGGUUGUUUCCGUUUCUACGAUCGCUACUGUGAUGAUGUUGGCUCAAUAUGAGCGACAUCAGAGCCAACAUUAUGAAGGUCUCGUGCAUAUGAACGGACUUCAACGAUUAAUAAAUCUACGAGGCGGUAUCCUCGAGAUCAAAAAGGAUCUGCCUAUAUUAACACAAAAAAUAUUUAGGAUCGACCUUGACUACGCUUUAUACAUGGGCACAACAACAAUGUUCCGUGUUGAGCAUCUCAUGUCAAGCGAUUUGUUUCUUACCGCAGUUGGAGCUAAUUCAUCUAAUUUCGAAGGAUCAGACCGGCCCGAAUAUAAGGAGCUUUUUGGAUAUUUGGCUCCGGAUCUCUAUGAGCUAUUGAUUGAUACGACGACUCUUUCCGGGCGAAUCAAUUAUGCAAGCACCACGAAGCUGACGAAACUCAACCCUUAUGCAUUCAACGCAACAAUCAUCUUUCUUGGAUAUCGCGUACUUGAGAUUAGCUCACUCAGUAUGUCCUGUCAGCUAAGUCAGAUUGAAAAUGCUGUUCAUCUGGGCAUCGCGAUGUUUGUGACAACCUUUAUGAACAAGCUUGAUAGAAGAAUGCCGGACAUGCCAUUUUUAGCCGAAUCAUUGCGCUCACUUGUCAAGUGUAGCUUUGACAACGAUAAAUCAGUUCUGCUGUGGAUCCUUUUGCUUGGGGAAGUUUCUGUUCUGACCUAUGACGACCGUGACUGGCUACUUCCAAUGGUAGCACAAGUGGCUCAGGAAUUGGAUUUGGUCACUUGGGGCGAUGUUUUGACAGUGCUAAGCAAAUUACCAUGGAUAUAUGCUCUUUACAACAAGCCAGCCCAAGCACUUUGGUAUGAUAUUUCAUUCAUAUAUAUGCAGCCAGACAAUUAUCCAACAUCAAUCCCUACUGGCAAAUGA